AGAGGUGAAGAACUUAGUAUUCUAUUCGUUGUUUAACUUAUUCGUGGGACCGCGUUUGAAUUUGGUCAGUUUAAAAAUGUCUGCGAAACGAUUACAGCCAAAGUGGCACAAACCUGCCUGUGUGGAUCGUCCAAAAUUGCGCUUGUUUAAUAGUCUUACGCGACAAAAAGAGGACUUUAUUCCAUUGGAUGGUAAUAAUGUGACGUGGUAUAGCUGUGGUCCUACUGUGUAUGACGCAUCCCACAUGGGGCAUGCUAGGUCUUAUAUAUCUUUUGAUAUAUUGCGGCGUGUUCUUGCCGAUUUUUUUGGUUACAAUAUUCAUUAUGUUAUGAACAUCACUGAUAUUGAUGACAAAAUAAUAAAACGAGCACGACAAAAUUAUUUGUAUGAGCGAUAUGUAUUGUCAAUGGAAACAAGCCCAUUAGAUAAGCUACUCUCUGACCAAAAAGAAGUGUUGUGUGCGUUUAAAGCAACAUGUGCGCAAAACAACGAUCCGGAUAAGAAAAUCAUGUUAAAUAAGAUAUUAGAACGCAUGAAUGAUGCAAUAACAAUGCUUACAAAUGCUGUUUCCAAUGGUGACGAAAUUGAAUUAAAGAAAGCCCGCACUUCUUAUUUAAUUGAAGCCAGAGACCCUCUAUCUGAUUGGCUAGAUCGGAAAGAAGGUUCACUAGUGACUGAUAAUGCAAUUUUCGAAUCUCUACCUAGAUAUUGGGAAGACCAGUUUCAUAAUGAUAUGAAUGCUCUAAAUAUAUUACCACCAGAUGUCCUGACUCGGGUUUCCGAAUAUGUUCCCCAAAUAAUUACGUUCAUUGAACGAAUUAUUGCUAACGGUUUAGGAUACGCAAUAAAUGGUUCGGUUUAUUUUGAUGUUAAUGGAUUUGAUAAAAGAGAAAAACAUCACUAUGCUAAAUUAGUACCAGAAGCGUAUGGCGAUACAAAAAUAUUACAAGAAGGGGAAGGGGAUUUAUCAACUACAGAAGAUCGUCUUUCAGAAAAAAGGUCUGUUAAUGAUUUUGCAUUAUGGAAAGCUAGUAAAUCUGGUGAACCAUGGUGGAAUAGCCCUUGGGGAAAAGGUCGCCCUGGUUGGCACAUUGAGUGUUCAGCAAUGGCAUCUGAUAUUUUUGGGCCUAAAUUUGAUAUACACACUGGAGGAGUUGAUUUAAAGUUUCCACAUCAUGAUAACGAGUUAGCACAGUCGGAAGCAGCAUUUGAUGAAGAAGAUUGGGUAAAGUAUUUCCUUCAUACGGGUCACUUAACCAUCGCCGGUUGCAAAAUGUCGAAAUCUCUUAAAAAUUUUGUAACAAUUCAACAAGCUUUGCAAAAGCAUUCUCCAAGUCAACUACGGCUUGCUUUUUUGUUGCACUCAUGGAAAGAUACGUUGGAUUAUUCAGACAACACAAUGGAUAUGGCAGUUCAAUAUGAACGUUUUUUAAAUGAAUUCUUCCUUAAUGUAAAAGAUCUUACUAGAAAACAUACUAGUUCUGAAAAUCCAUGCAGUCUUUUUGAUGCUUGGAGUAAUGUUGAAUCAGAUUUACAAAUUCAAUUUAAUAAUAUACAAUCUAAAAUAUAUGAGGCUUUGUGUGAUAACAUUGAUACCCGUACAAGCCUGGAUUUGAUACGAGAACUUAUAUCUUCUUCUAAUGUCUACAUACGUGACAACAAGGAAAAGUUAAACAGUUUACUCCUAAGAAGAAUAGCUGCUUAUGUCACUGACCUUUUUAAUAUAUUUGGCGUUAUUAAAGGAAAUCGUGGUGGUAUUGGCUUUCCAAUGAAAAGUUCAGGCGAUGGAAAUGUUGAUAUUGAAUCGACUGUAUUGCCUUAUGUCAAUGCAAUAGCAGAAUUUAGGAACCAAGUUCGCAAGCAAGCUAAAACAACUAAGUCUACUGAGAUCCUAAAAUUUUGUGAUGAGCUACGUGAUAAUAUUUUACCAAACUUGGGUGUUCGUUUAGAAGAUAAAGAUGAUGAUAAAUACGCGGUAAAACUAGUAGAUCGGGAUACAUUAGAAAAAGAACGCCAACUAAAACUUAUAGCUUUAGCAGAACGUGAAGCUGAAAAAGAUAGAAAAAAGCAAGCAGCUGCUGCUAAGCGCAAAAAUGUUUCUGAACGUUUACGGUGGACUUUCGGACGUCACCGAAAGCGCUUGAGUAUAAGUGGUACAAUGGAUUUAAAAGCGGUCAUAAUUUAUCCCCUCAUAAAUAUACCAUUACCGGGCACAAUACCAACGAAAAUCGUAUUACCUUUUGAAGGUAAAUAUUCGCUCUUUGGAGAAGGUGACAAAAACUUUUCAGUAGUCAAAAAUAUUUUCAAUGUGAACAAUGUUAGCUAUGAUCCACCCUUGCCGUGGACGCAAAGUUCGCCAAUGCUAUACGUCCAACAGAUAACUCUACGUUCCAGUGUAUUACCGUGGACCGAAGAUAUGCAUUUGAUGGAUGCGUUUCGUGCGCCACUCUACGAGGUUUUUCGUUUGCUUGAAAUUGUACGAAAUCACGAAAGCGAAGAAAACAAACGUACACUUGACAAAAUUUGCUUACAUGUCGACAAUGUUAAACGCGUGCAGAAUGAGCAAAUAUUUCCGGAGUAUAAUUGCUUGGUGUUGUCGCCAGCGAACAUUUGGGGACAGAAUGUCCACAAUUUCACCAGGGACACCAACAUAUUGAAUACAAUAUUCCAAUAUCAUGUAAGAUAUAUAAAUAUACCUACCAUACCAUAUAACUUAUUUACAAUAUCUGUAUGUAUUUAA